CACUCUGUGGGGUUUGUGUUUAGCUUUGAAGCUUGUACUUGUCAUUCGGAUAGAACCAGGAAUUUUAACACGACUAGGAACCAGCCAGCGGGGCACAACAAGGACGUCUUGGGUUAGAACAACAUCCCUCACACAGAGGAACCACCGGAACCACUGCUGGUUGCUGAAAUAGGAACAGGUGGUGAGAAAAGCGGCAGCUACAGACAGCGCAGCAGCAUGCAGAUGUGAAGUCAGACAUCAGAUACCCUGCUCUUCAUCUCUGCGGUGGACAGGUGGACGUCUUCUUCAUCCAUUUUCAUCGUUCAUAUAAAUGCUUGUACAUGAGGAGAGGGGAGAAACCCGAAGGAUACAGACAGAUGAGACCCAAAACGUUCCCUGCCAGUAAUUACAGUGGUAACAGCCAGCAGAUGCUGCAGGAAAUACGGAACAGCCUGCGCAACCUGACCAAACCCUCCGACCCUCCAAAAGCAGACCCUGUUGGACAAGCAAAGAUGCUCCCUGAAGAUCCGAGGCAGCAGGGACGCACCAGCACCCCAAAACAUUCCUACCACAAAGCGCUACAGGAGAUCCGCAAGUCCUUGGUGCCUUUUGAAGUUUCACAGAGUAAUGAUUCUACCACUUCUGGCCCUGAUCUUAACAAGCAGAUGUUGCUGGAACCAUCAAUUGCUGGGUUUGAGGAGGGCAACAGCAGCCGUCGCGUUCCUUCAGACUACAUGGUGAAGGUGAAUUACCAGGAUUCAAUGAGGGAGCAGAUAGCUACUGCUAACACCAACUCUACAGGCCUGAAAGCUCCAGGUCCGUCUCACAUGCAGCAGGCUGUGCUGCGGAGGCCAAGUUGGAAAGGAUCCAAAGAGUCCCUCGCUCCUCGAAUGGGUCCCCUGGUGGUGGACGGCACGAUGUACCACCCUGACAGCCCUGGACCGCCUCCAGUUUACCCACAAGGCCACUCUGCUAGCAACCAGAGGGUGAACCCUCCGCUGCCCCCUCAGGUGCGGAGUGUCACACCGCCUCCGAACCGCAAUGGCAUGCCUCCCACGUCAUCCUGGGAAAGCAACCCGUCCACCAAGCGGUACUCUGGGAACCUGGACUAUCUUCCCCUGCGGAUGUCUCCAGUCCCCCAGGGCGCCUGGCCGGAUCUGUAUCCAAACCCGGCGCCUCAGAAUCAGCGCGCUGCUGCCCAUAAAUUCACCUUUUCUCCCACCUGGACUCAAAAUGACUCCGCUCAGCCGGACUACAUGCCGGGAGGCAACCGGCAGCCUCCGCCGCCUUACCCCGUAAACAGCCGCCAGGGUUCCAACGAGCCGCAGCCUGCUUCGUCUCCUUCAUACCUAAAUGGAGGAAACAUCCCUCAGUCCAUGCUGGUUCCCAACCGGAACAGCCACAACCUCGACAUGUACAACCUGGCUCCUCCUCUGACGUCCAGUCAGCCGCCAUCUGCGUCCGUCACCAACGGCAACCAGGACUUGUCGCCGUUGUGGCAGCACAACAUCCCGGUUCGCUCCAACUCCUUCAACAAUCGACCUGCUCAUUCGUCCAGCUCCCAGCCGUCUGCGACCACCGUCACCACCAUCACGCAGACGCCCAUCCUGCAGCCGGUGAAAAGCAUGCGCGUGCUGAAACCCGAGAUGCACACCGCCGUCGCUCCAGCGCAUCCACAGCGGAUACAGCAGGUUGCACCGUCACCUCCUGCGCCUGCAUACCCCGACCCGCCACCUGCGGUUUCUCAAGCGCCUGUCGUCAUGGAACCCCCCAUCUAUCAGGGUCCGCCGCCGCCAUAUCCUAAACACCUCCUCCCUUCGCCCGCCCCUCCGGCGUACGGUGGAGGCAGAGAUGAGGCUGCUGACGAGAGCAGCGGCGAGAAGGCUUCGGAAAGCAGCGAAAGCUCGGCCGCAGCCGAAAAGAAGAUCACUACGUCGCCUGUCCCGGUCCGCCGCAACAGAGACGAGGAGAGGAGAGGGGAGUCAGGAAGAAUCAACCUGUACUCCCCUCAAGCCUUCAAGUUCUUCAUGGAGCAGCAUGUAGAGAACAUCCUGAAGAACCACCAGAUGAGGAUCCGCAGGAGGAAGCAGCUGGAAAGCGAGAUGCAAAGGGUGGGUUUGAGCUCAGACGCCCAGAAGCAGAUGCGAAUGAUGCUCUCUCAGAAGGAGUCCAACUACAUCCGCCUAAAGCGAGCCAAAAUGGAGAAGUCUAUGUUCAAACGGAUCAAAACACUCGGCAUCGGCGCCUUCGGAGAAGUGUCCCUGGCGAGGAAGGAGGACACGGGGGCGCUGUACGCCAUGAAGACUCUCCGCAAGAAGGACGUGCUGCUGAGGAACCAGGUGGCUCACGUAAAGGCCGAGCGGGACAUCCUGGCUGAAGCAGACAACGAGUGGGUGGUGCGUCUCUACUACUCCUUCCAAGACAAGGACAACUUGUACUUUGUCAUGGAGUACAUUCCCGGCGGGGACAUGAUGAGCCUCCUCAUCCGGCUCGGCAUCUUCAAGGAGGAGCUGGCUCAGUUUUACAUCGCGGAGCUCACCUGCGCUUUGGAGAGCGUCCAUAAGAUGGGCUUCAUCCACAGAGACAUCAAGCCCGACAACAUUCUCAUAGACAGAGACGGACACAUAAAGCUGACGGACUUCGGGCUCUGCACCGGUUUCAGAUGGACACACGACUCAAAGUAUUACCAGAGCGGGGAUCAUGUGAGGCAGGACAGCAUGGACUUCAGUAAGGAAUGGGAAGAUCCAGCCAACUGUCGCUGCGCCAACCGACUGAAGCCCCUGGAGAGGAGAAAGGCCCGGCAGCACCAACGCUGCUUGGCCCACUCGCUGGUGGGAACGCCGAACUACAUUGCUCCAGAAGUUCUUCUUCGAACAGGAUACACCCAGCUCUGUGACUGGUGGAGUGUUGGUGUCAUCCUGUAUGAAAUGGUUGUGGGACAACCUCCGUUCCUGGCGAACACGCCCCUGGAGACGCAAACGAAGGUGAUAACCUGGAAGAGCACGCUGCACAUCCCCCCUCAGUGCAAGCUCAGCCCUGAGGCGUCGGACCUCAUCGUCAAGCUGUGCCGCAGCCCAGAGGACCGCCUGGGCAAGAACGGCGUCGAUGAAAUCAAAGCUCACCCUUUCUUCAAGAGCGUCAACUUCUCCAGCGACCUCAGGCAGCAAGCGGCGCCUUACAUGCCCACCAUCGCUCAUCCGACGGACACGUCCAACUUCGACCCAGUGGAGCCAGAAAAGCUGCGCAAGAGCGAUGACGAGAGCAACCACAACGACACGCUGAGCGGUUGGUUCCGCAACGGGAAGCACCCCGAACACGCCUUUUACGAGUUCACCUUCCGCCGCUUCUUCGAUGACAACGGCCACCCCUACAGCUGCCCCAAGCCCAUCGAGUCUGAGGGCAGCGACGAGGACGAGGCGGAGCUGGACGGCGCCGAGCAGGACAAACAUGGCCGAGACCUGGUGUAUGUAUAGUCAGUUGUCAUAUGCUGCGGAAACACGGGAAAAAUGUUUUCUUUUGCAUUCCCUCGCAUUAAAUUUGCAAAUACACCUUAUAUUAUUUAUCAUGGACACAGUCACAUUAGCCGUGUUUCCAUUACAAAUGUGCUCAAACACAAUUUUGCAAUUACAGCCUUUCCAUUUAAUAAGAAAUGCAAUUAAAAUCAUGUGUGGAUAGGUAGGCC